CUCCAUCUUCCUUAAAGAAGAGAGAGAGAGAGAGAGAGAGGGAGGGAGAGAAGCCAUGGAGCCGAACUGCCACCCUGCCCAGGGAUUGACACAGGAGGAGAUGGCAGAGCUGGAGCCGGUGAUCCGAGCGCACCACACCUUCCCGCGUGCGCCGGGUACGUGCACCUCCCUCAUCACGCAGCGCAUCGACGCCCCGCUGUGCGCCGUGUGGCCCGUCGUCCGUAGCUUCGACCGGCCCGAGCGAUACAAGCACUUCAUCAAGAGCUGCCGCCUCGUCCGCGGCGAUGGUGGCGUCGGCAGCGUCCGGGAGGUCACCGUCGUAUCGGGCCUCCCGGCGUCCACCAGCGUCGAGCGGCUGGAGAUCCUGGACGACGACCGCCACGUCCUCAGCUUCUGCGUCAUGGGCGGGGAGCACCGGCUCAGGAACUACCGCUCCGUCACGUCGGUCACCGAGCUCCACCGGGAAGGUAAGGCCUACACCCUCGUCCUCGAGUCCUACGUUGUGGACAUCCCGGAGGGGAACACCGAGGAGGACACCAAGAUGUUCACCGACACCGUCGUCAAGCUCAACUUGCAGAAGCUCGCGGCGGUGGCCAUGGCCUCCUCGCGCGCUGAACCAUGCACUGCGUCAGGUCGGACCUGAUGACGCUAACAUGCACUGCGUCGGUUCCCUCUUUCAUAUGCUGCCUCUGUUGUUUCACUUGAACUCUUCGUAUCUUUUAACCUUGGUGUUUGCUGUACUGUAGUUUGAGAUAAACCCCAUGUUUCUUUCCUUA